GAGAUUAACUAUCAAAUAUCCACUAGUUCAUGUAUUUGACCCACGGCUUUCCAAAAUUAAGUUUUCCAGUUCGGAAAUGCAAGCUGCUUUAGCUUUUUUGGAGCAACGACAACAAUAUGAAGACAAUAGAGAUCAAGUUCUUCUGCUCUGCUGCCUGCUGACAGGAGCUUCAUGAAGGUUUAUUUAAACUUUAGAGCCAUCUUGUGAGCCUCAGCCAAUCAGAGCGCAGCAGGAAACACAGCUCCGCCAAUCACAGGAGACCGAGGGAUGGCCUUCUGUUUACAGACGCGGCCCAGAGCACCAAGCAGCUGCGAGAGAGAGAGAGAGAGAGAGAGAGAGGAACGUACAGAGGAGAGAUUGUGCUGGGAUGGAGAGACAGGGAUGCAGUUGCUAGGGAACAGGGAGGAGACGUCCAUCUUUUGCAGCUUGUUCCAGAUACAACAAGAUUGGGAAAGGUUUGUCCUUCGUAAAGGAGGGAAAUAAAUGCACCAUAUAAAGAGAGAAGGACGGAACGCCAGAUCCUGAGACGCUGGAAAUCAUCCACCCGCACCAGACGCCCCUCUUUGUCUGAGGAUCCGCAGAUGGGACCGGCUUCACUCGACAGACAGACAGAGAGUCAGAUCUGAUGGAUUCAGUGGGGAGCUGAGAAAUCAACAGGCCUGAAGUGUGAUCGGGAGCAGAGGAUGGGAACCACUGAAGCCACUUUACGCAUGGAGAACAUGGAGGUGAAAGAUGAGUGGCAAGAUGACGAUUUCCCACGGCCUCUUCCUGAAGACGGUGAUUUAGAUGGACUCACUGACAACACUGCUCAUCACGCCGCUCUGACGGCGGAUCACACGGAAUCGGUCCGACAGAAGCGCCGCACGCUGAUCGCUCCGGAUAUCAACCUGUCGCUGGAUAAAAGCGAAGGUUCGCUGCUUUCUGACGACUUCCUGGAAACACCAGAUGACCUGGACAUAAACGUGGACGACCUCGACACGCCGGACGACGACUCGCUCGGCUCCCUCAACAACGGCAACGAGCUGGAAUGGGAAGACGACACUCCGGUGGCCAGUGUGAAGGGUCCGGGCGGCGAGGAGGGUGACGGUGCGGGCCGUCUGUGGAGGACGGUGAUCAUCGGUGAUCAGGAGCACAGGAUAGACAUGCAGGUCAUCAGGCCGUACCUGCGCGUCGUCACGCAUGGAGGUUAUUACGGUGAAGGACUGAACGCCAUCAUCGUGUUUGCUGCGUGCUAUCUGCCCGACAGCGGCUGCGCAGACUACAGUUACAUCAUGGAGAACCUCUUCCUGUAUGUGAUCAGUAGUUUGGAGCUGCUGGUAGCUGAGGACUAUAUGAUCAUCUAUCUGAACGGAGCCACGCCGCGCAGGAGGAUGCCCGGCAUCAGCUGGCUCAAGAGAUGCUACCAGAUGAUCGAAAGACGGUUAAGAAAGAAUCUCAAAUGUCUGAUCAUCGCGCAUCCCUCCUGGUUCAUCCGGACAGUUCUGGCCAUCUCACGGCCCUUCAUCAGUGUGAAAUUCAUGGAUAAGAUCCGGUAUGUCCAGAGUCUGGAGGAACUGGCUCAGAUCGUUCCCAUGGAGCAUGUGCAGAUUCCCGAGUGUGUGCUGCAAUGUGACGAGGAGCGAAUCAAAGCACAGAGAGAAAGGCUUGAACAACUGGCCAAGACCUCAGAGAGGCCACCAUCCGUGGCCACGGAGGCCUGUCCCUGACGCGUCUCAUUGGAUACACCUCAAGGCAGGGAUUCAUCUGUGCAUGUCAUUUUCCAAAGAUGUUCCUUUAAAGAACAAUCAUGUGGACGAACACAAUCAUCAUCAUCUCAAAACACAACAAUGAUGUUUGUGGCGCUCUGUCUACAGUGCAGUGCAGCUCUGACCUUUGACCUGGAUCACAACCGGACCGCAGCUGAGUAAGUGUGAACGAGAGAGAAAACAAACGCUCACAGACUCUUUUCUAACACUUGUUUUGUUUCUGAAGAGGAACAUCUGUGCAAAUUAAACAUCUUGUGUAACAGUCAUUGUGUUGAACAGAUGUAAAACGUGGGAUGUUCAAUACCAGCGGGAUUUUAACUUAACUUGGCAGUUUAUCCAUGUUCACCUGCCAACCGCUUCCACAAUGAGAAACACAUUCAGCCUGUUACAUAAUGCAGCAGUUUACAGGUUUAAAGUCAACUUGAAAUCAUGUUUGCAUUCAUAAUCUUUCAUUGGACAAUUUGCCAUGAAAACAACCAAGCGCCAAAUAAUUAUUUAGUCAUAGUUUUGGGCUGUUGCUGUAGGUCUUUUAAUCUUUUCUAAAAAUCUGGUAAGUGGUUAAAGAAAUAGUUCAACCAAAAUUUAAAACAAUUAAUUGAAAACUCGCCUUCAGGCCAUCCAAGAUGUAGAUGAGUUUGUUUCUUGAUCAGGGUUGGAGAAAUGUAGCAUUGCAUCACUUGCUCACCAAUGGAUGCUCUGCAGUGAAUGGGUGCCGUCAGAAUGAGAGUCCAAACAGCUGAUAAAAACACCACAAUAAUCCACAAGAAAUACACACCGCUCCAGUCCAUCAGUUAACAUCUUGAGAAGCCAAAAUCUGCGUGUUUAUAAGAAACAAAUCCAUUAUUAAGGCAUUUUUAACUAAAAUACACCAGUCCAUAAUCCAUAAUAAGUAAAGCUUCCUCCAGUGAAAAAGUGUUCUGGUCUGAAUCAAGAGACAAAUCUGCACAGAUCAAGCAUCGUUUACAAGCCAAAACAGCUCUAAACAAAUAUGUGGCUGGAUUUUGAUGUGAGAGACACCAGGAGAUGGACUUUUUCACUGGAGGAAGCGUUAUUAUUAUGGAUUAUAUACUCAUAUUUUAGUCAAAAGUAAAGGUUUGAAGUUAAAAACGUCUUUAAAAAAAAAAAAACUAAAAUUGUGGAUUAUUGUGAUGUUUUUAUCAGCUGUUUGGACUCUCAUUCUGACGGCACCCA